AGGAUUGCAGUGCUCUAUCAAUUAAAUUAUAGGUUCAAGUGGGAAAGAAUUCAGAAAUGGUCACUGAAAGGUUCUGUUUUGCAGGACUUCUAUUGGUUGGAAGUAUUCUGGUUAUCAGUGCUUGUAACGGUGGAUACGAGUUAAUUGUGCACAAAAUCGAAAACUGUCAAGGAAGUGUUAUUACAAUCGAUCCAGAUUCUGUGGUCACCCUGACGGAGGACUGUAAAGUUCAGUCCAAGUCCACCGUUUCGACAACGGGAUUCAAAGAUGCCGAGAUGACGGUAACGUUGUCCAAAAACGGUAUCCCAGUUAUGCAGGAAAACAUGGAUCUGUGCAGCUUGAUGGAUGAUUCAAAGAGCAACAGCGAAGCGGCCGAGAUAAUGACAAUGUUUGGUGUUCCGGACGAAUGUCCAGUGACAGCUCAGGAGAUCAAAACUGACGAGAGUCAACAGUACAGCUUAGAGAAGUACAAACAGCACCUGAUGAUGGCUGAGGGGAAAAUUCUGGUUGAUUGCCACAUUAAGCACGACUCUGGCGAAAGUUGCAUCAAAGUGCAUAUGGAAGUGAAAAAACCUGGAAGAAUGAUCGGUUAAAGAUUGAAUUGCAUGAUAACUUUAAAACAUGCAUAAGUAUUCAAAUAUUUGGGAAUAAAGGUGAUGGAUCAUUUCAA